AACAAAAGAUUCUGUUGUAUGCUAACGCUUUCGACAGCAAUAACUUAAAAAGUAUUCAUAAGAGAAGUAGGAGUUUCGCUGUUACGCAAGGAACAAAAAUUUCAAGGCGUACACCUCGGUUUGUUGGAUGAUUAUAGAGUCUUUAUUAAGGAACUUGCUCUUUGAUAAUUGAUUAAGCAGCAAGAGAUAUCACAGACCUGUUAUAAUGGAAUUCAGACCAACCUUGUUAGCCGCCUUCAGUCUUGCUUUAAUGUUGGAUUUCGUCAAGAGCGAGGAUCCAAUGGAAAAGUACAAGAAAACGAUGGAAGAGGCAUACAAUUUAUCGGUGGCGAUCAACAACAAUUUAAAGAAUUACGAUAGAAAGUUGCGGCCUAAUGCUGGGGGAGAGCCGGUCAUGGUCCAAGUAGAGUUCAAAGUUAUUUCAUUCGGUGAAAUUAAGGAAGUAAACAUGGAGUACAGCAUGGACAUAUUCUUCCGCCAGUGGUGGAAAGAUCCCCGAAUGAGGCAUAAUUCUACUACUCCAUUUAACAUGGCGUUUGACCCAACAAAUGUCUUCUGGACACCGGAUACUUAUUUCUGGAAUGUUAAGCAUGCAAAAUAUCACUACGUUACCAGAGAAAACAUGCGGGUCAGAAUUUCUGCAGAUGGAGAGAUAUACUUCAGUACGAGGAUAACGAUUGUGGCUCAAUGUGACAUGGAUCUGCGCCUGUAUCCAAUGGAUACCCAACACUGUGCAUUGAGAAUCGAGAGCUAUGCCCACACAGUGGCAGACGUAGACUAUAAGUGGAAAAUUGGUAAAAAUAAAGGGAUCGAGAUUGUCUCCUCAGAGUUGGCUCAGUUUGAUCUUCUUCGCGUCGUGACUGAGAAUAAAGCAAGCACUAAUAGCAAAGGUUCAUUUGCCAAAUUAGUAGCAGUGUUCUCCUUCAGACGUCGUCUUGAUUAUUACAUUUCAUCCGUGUACGUACCGGAAGUCAUCUUGGUAGUGUUGUCAUGGUGCACGUUUUUCAUCACACCUUCAGCUGUUCCGGCAAGAAUAUCUCUCAGUAUCACAACUAUUCUGACCACCAUCCUACUAUCCAGCACCUUAAAUUCAAAUAUUCCAAAGGUCAGUUACAUGAAAGCCGUAGACUACUUUAUGCUAACGUCCUUCGGCUUUAUCUUCACGGCUCUGGUGGAAUACAUUAUUGUGCUGAACACCCCUGAGGCAUUUUCAGAUAGUUUCAACUGCUUCGAGAAAAAGCAGAAGAAUGAACCAGUUCAAGUUCAGGACGGACCAGAGGAGUUGAUUCUUAAAAUCAAUGCCUCCCCGAAGAUGCUGGACCUAAGCAAGCCCAGGAAACCUCCUGAAACUAAACCGAGCCCUCCCAAGGAUCACUGGGUCGACAAAUGUUCCCGUAUCCUUUUUCCCGCGUUUUACGCUCUCUUCCUCAUGGCAUAUGUCAUACAUUACAAGAGAAAAGAGUGAGGGGAGGCUCCUGGGACUGGUCGUCUAAUGGAAUGUUGUCAGUCCAGGAGUAAUUCGUGGUUAUCUGUCUUCAUAACUAUACGGAGUACUCUUUAAUUAUUUAAACAAAUCAGCAUUACUUUGCAGUCAUAUUCGAAUCUUACAGCUUACAGUCUUCGCGACGUAAAAUGACGCGA